CAAGUCUCUCAUCCAAACUCUUCCUGCCAUAGAGAAUUUGAUAAUAUUUUGUACAUAGCCUAAUAAAAAUGAAAGACGUUUCACUAAGUGAAGAUGAUUCAAACCUACUAGUCAUUAUCCUUGACACGAACCCAUUUGCUUGGGACGAAUCAGCAAAAGCAUCAUCACCGCUCUCAUUAGAAGUGGCAUUAAAUCAACUAUUGAUAUUUAUUAAUGCUCACUUGGCACUGAAAUACAACAAUAAAGUAGCGGUCAUAGCAAGUCAUGUUGGACAAAGUAGAAUACUAUAUCCUUUACCACAUAACGAAGUACCACAGAAAACGAUGGAUCAUGAUGAUGAUAAUAAUGUGAAUAAUGGAGGAUUACGAAGAGAUGCCAAUAUUUAUCCACAUUUCCAAGUGGUGACAGAGGAGAUAGUCAGCAGCUUACAAAAAUUACUUGCCGAUACCAGUACAGAAUUUUUGAAAAAAGAUAUAGGUGUAUCUUCAACGAUUGCAGGCGCAUUAUCUACGGCAUUAUGCUAUAUUAAUCGAAUUACAAAAGCAGAUGAAGAAGGACAUAUCAAACCGCGAAUAUUAGUGCUAUCAGUCUCACCAGAUUCAGCCUAUCAAUAUAUUGCAUUGAUGAAUUGUAUCUUUUCGGCACAGAAAAUGGGUAUACCCUUAGAUGUAUGUAAAGUUUAUGGCGAGGAAACAGCAUUUCUACAACAAGCAUCCAACAUAACAGGAGGGAUUUACGUGAGAGUAGAGAAUCCACAAGCAUUAUUAGAGUAUUUGAUGAUGGCGUUUUUACCUGAUCGAUAUGCCCGCAACUUUCUUAAUUUACCAACGCAAGAUCAAGUGGAUUUUCGAGCGGCGUGUUUCUGUCAUAAGAAAAUUGUUGAUAUAGGAUUCGUCUGCUCAGUGUGUUUAUCCAUCUUUUGCAAAUGGUCCCCAGUAUGCUCUACCUGCAAGACUAAAUUCGCGUUCAGACCAAUGCUUCCACCACCCUCACAGAAUCAUAAAUUAAAAAAAUAAAAAAACAAAUUUGCUUUGGCCAUUUUUUAUUGGCCAGCCAAAGUACAAAGGUCGAUUUAUUGUUGUGCGUUGUGUUAUACCUAUUUGAUUAGGGAGACAAUUACUUUCCCG